AUGUCUUGGAGAAGCCUUAAUGUCGGUGUUGUCGGUGGUGGUAUUGGAGGCAUGUCCGUUGCACUUGCCCUCCGCCGCGCUGGACACGAAGUGACCAUCUACGAGAAGUCGGACUUUGCUGGUGAAGUGGGUGCUUCGGUAUCUUGUGCUGCUAAUGGAACCCGAUGGCUUCAUGAGUGGAAGGUUGAUAUCGCCAAGGGCGAUCCUGUGGUGUUGAAGAAACUUAUCAACCGAGACUGGAAGACAGGCGAGCCUGUCAGUGUAUACGACUUGGCAGACUAUGAGAAGCGAUGGGGAUAUGUUUAUAACAUGUUCCAUCGGCAGUAUAUGCACACCAUGCUGAAGGAUUCAGCAAUGGGCGAGGGCGAUGGACUUCCCGCGACACUCAAAGUCAACCACAAAUGUCGCGAUAUUGACCUUGAAAACGGCACAAUUACUUUCGAAAACGGAGUCACAGCACAGCACGAUCUCAUCGUCGGCGCCGACGGUAUCGGAUCAGCCGUCCGAGGAAUCAUCGGCAUCACACCUGCAAAGCGACCCUCCGAUCAGAGCUGUCUACACACAAACGUCAAGUCCGAAGACGCCAUCAGACUCGGUCUAGUCAACUAUGCUGCCAACGACGCACUCGAGUACUGGGGAGGUCAAGAAGGGAAAUGGGACAAGAUCGUGCUGUCCCCUUGCAACGGCGGAAAGCUCCUCUCAUACUACUGCUUCUUCCCCCGAGACCAAGGCGACUAUUCAACACAAGCAUGGGGAGCCCAAGAUCGCCCUGUCGAGGAACUCCUCAACCCAUACCCACAACUGGAUAGACAAGUCUUUGAGCACUUGAAGAUCGGAACGGAGAUCAAGCCUUGGCGUCUCUGGGUUCAUGAACCGUAUCCGUAUCUCCAGCGCGGUAACACUUGUCUGCUUGGCGAUGCGGGACACCCAAUGAUGCCCCAUCAGAGCCAAGGUGCUUGCAUGGCUAUUGAAGAUGCCGCUGCACUGGGGAUCUUGUUCAACAAAGACUAUUUCCACGGUGAUAUUGCUCAAGCCCUUGCCGUGUAUGAGGAGGUGCGUCUGCCUCGCGUGACGAGAGUGCAGAGCGCAGCAGCGAAGGCAGCGUAUAAUAUCAACGAGCGAAUCGGUGAGUUGAAAAAUUUGUCGGAAAGUAACCCCGCAAAACAAAAACUAACUCAGUCCAAGGCUUCUCUGUUAACAAGGAUAUCCCCACGUACCAAGUCGAGGAUGUUAAGAAGGUUCUUACUAUUGAAGAGAUGA